UAAAAGCGGGUGUCACAAUCGAUAGCUUAAAAAUUUCCUUGACUGCUAAUGUUUUGUCAGGUGUUGGAUUAGUACUACUGGUGGUGUUCGCCUUUCCUCGAAUUGUGCUUGGAGGAGAAGCCCCCCAAAAGAAAGCAGCGUGUGAGCCCACCAUCGUCGACUGCGCAUGUGCGGAGAAGGACGGCAACUUUUACACGAUACAGAUCAACACGACCACAAUGAACAUUUCGGAUGAAGAUACUGGCUUGGGUCGUUGUAUUGCUGAUGGAGAUCCCUUGGCCUUAUGCGAAAAUCGCAAUUGCAUCAUAAUCCCUAACGACAACUUUGCUACUUUAUUCCGAAAGGGAAGAAAGAUGUCUCCUUCCAACUAUUUACGAGCAGGUGAUAUUGUAUCUGAAAAUGAAACUUUGAGCAACAUCUCAAACCAAACAGAUGAAAAUGUGGGACCGGAACUUUCAGAUGAGGAUUCGUCACCAUUUUUUCCAAUUGAACUGACUUACCCCAGAAUGAUUCACGGAGAAGAAGCCCCGCAGCUCGUGAAAAGAAGCAGUGGAAAUGAUCCCGAUACCUUCAUACCACCCCCAGAAUUUGCGGAAGAGGAGUUUGAAGUAAAGACCUCUGACAGAUACGGGGAAUCAGAUCAUGAUUUAAGAGGGAAGAAGUACGAGAAAAAAGACGUUGGUUCCUUCAGGCCCCCCUCAGAUCACGCUGUUAGGGACGAAAAAUAUGCGUGGAAAGAUCAUGGUUCUUUCAGACUUCCAUCAGGACCUGAGUUUGGGGAUAGGAAAUAUAAUAGGAAAGGUCCUGGCUCUUUCAGACCUUCCUCGGAUCCUGAGUUUGGGGAUAAGAAUUAUGGAAGGAAAGAUUCUGAUUCCUUCAGAUCUCUCUCAGAUCCUGAUUUCAGAGAUGAUAGGAAAAACUCUAAUUCCUUCAGGCAUCCCUCGGAUCCUGAUUUUGGGGAUAUAAAACAUGGAAAAGAUCUCGAAGAUUCACCCGACUCCGAUAGUUCAUUCCUUUCGGACAAUAAUGAUACACCCUCGAAGACUUUCGAACAAGAGGAACACAACAGUCCUCACUUAGACGAACAUCCAUCCUUCAGAGGCCAAAGUGAGAGUAGGGACCCUACCUAUUGGGGAGGAAAUUAUGGCUAUGCAUGCAGGGUUCCACAGUUGAGAAACUCUGAAGUAACUUGCUGGAAGUGGCCCAAUUGGCAAAGUUGCAAGCAGACUUGCAUUUAUGGGCAUGGAAUCACCAGUCCAAGAGGUACGCUGAGAAGUACAACGUACACUUGCAGAAACACAGAGAAUCAGUGGAAACCCCACAGAAUGGAAGAUUGCCAACCAUAUCUCAACUGCAAAGUUCGUCUAAGAUCGCCGGGUGACUUAAAAUGCGUGGAACCUACCAACAGGCCAGCUUACUGCGACAUCUCAUGUGAAGAAUAUGACAACCAUUCCGCCCAGAGAGUGAGGGUCACAUGUGACGAGAAGCAGGGAGGCAUGCGACUGCCAUUCUGCGCAACCUUGGACAACAGUUUUAUGAACCACAUCAGAUCUCCAUCGUCUUGAACAGUAAAACCAUCCAAAUGAAAUGGCAGUCUGAUUUCCGAUGUGGAGCUUGAAAUAAAU